GCGUGUGAACGACCGUGAUGGCCCAUCCAGGUGGCAACUUCCCGCGCGGAGGCGCGCCCUUCUCAGGCCCGCCGUCGCAAUCGGCUCCAUUUCAACAGCCUCCGCGUGGGCCAUAUGCACAAGGCCCACCCUCGCAAGGGGCGCCGGGCGGCAACUUUGGUCCGCCGAGCAGUGGCGGCUUCAACCCGCGUGGACCGCCGAGCCAGCCGUUUGGUCAGCCGCCAAGUGCUGCGCCGAACACGUUUGGUCCGCCUUCGGGUAAUGCGCCCGGCUCGUACGGCCCUCCGUCUGCAGGUCGCAUGCCCCCGAACGGCCUUCCUAGCAACGGGCCUCCGGCUGCACCCAUGCAUGCUGCGCCUCAGGGCUUUGCUCCGCGGGGUCCGCCGUCGUCGAACGGCGCCGCAAUGCAGCCACCGCGUGGCGCCCCGCAGUUUACUCCCGGUCCUCCGUUUCAUCAGGCGCAGGGUCCACCGACGCAAGGUGCAAUGCCUCGUGGUCCGUACGCACAAGGCCCUCCGGGAAUGCACCACCCUCCUCAGAUGCCUCCGAGUCAGCAACCUCUGCAAGGGUACCCACCUCAGCAGCAUGGACCUCCCCAGCCUGGCUACCCGCAGGGUCAGCCGGGGUACCCACCGCAGCAACCAGGCCAGCCGGGGUAUCCACCGCAGCAACCAGGCCAGCCGGGGUAUCCACCGCAGCAACCAGGUCAACUGGGGUACCCACCCCAGCAACCGGGCCAACCGGGGUACCCACCCCAGCAGCCUGCGCAGCCCCGCACGGCGCCGGCGCCGCAGCAACGUAUCGACCCGACGCAGAUCCCUCGUCCGAACGUGAGCGCCGAGAAGAUUACGUACGUGGCCAAGGGUCACACGAUGACGAUGCCGCCGCCGGCGACGUCGUCGUUUGUGUGCAUUGACGAGGGCUGCUGCAACCCGCGCUUCAUUCGACCGACGCUCAACCACGUGCCCGAGUCGUCCGAGCUCCUGCGGCAGGUGGGCAUUCCGCUGAGCGCAGUCAUUUGCCCGCUCGCGCCGCUUCAGCCAGGCGAGUCGACGCCGCCACUCGUCGACUUUGGCCCGACGGGUCCGCUCCGCUGCACGCGCUGCCGGGCGUACGUCAACUCGUUCACAAAGUUUGUCCAAGCCGGGCGCAAGUUUGUGUGCAACAUCUGCAACCUCCACAACGAGACGCCGCGCGAGUACUACUGCAGUGUCGACCAGAUGGGCCGCCGGCGCGACGUCACGGAGCGCGCCGAGCUCGCGCGCGGGUCGGUCGAGUACGUCGUGCCCCAGGGCUACGCCGUGCGGCCGCCGCAAGACCCGAUCACGGUCUUUGUCCUCGACGUCUCCCUCUUUGCGUUCCAGUCGGGCCUCGUCCAGGGCGUUCUCGAAGCCAUCCAGCGCGUCGUGCCCGAGCUCGCGCAGAACCCUCGCGCCAAGUUUGGUCUCGUCACCUUUGACACGGCGGUGCAUUACUAUCGCAUGGACAAGGAAGGGUCCAUCUCCAUGUGCGUGUGCCCCGACAUCGACGACCCCGCGGCGCCGCUUCCGUUCCAGUCGUGGUGCCUGGCGCUGAACGCGCCGAACGCGAUCGACAAGAUCACGGAGCUCUCGGAACUCGUGACGACGCUCUUCUCGGCGACGACCAAGAACCAGGCCGUGUCGGGCGCGGCGCUCACGAGCGUCGUCGAUACCCUUAGCGCCUGCGGUGGCCGUGUGAGUGUCUUCCACGCGGGCCCGCCCCGCAUCGGCGUCGGCAAGAUCACCAAGGAAGAGCCGGCGUCCCACUAUGGCACGACAAAAGAAGUCGAGCUGUACACGCACAACGCCAAGCUCAACCCGCACUACGAGGAGCUCGCGCGCAAGUGCGCCACUCACUGCAUCGCCGUCGACGUCUACAGCGCGGCCAACCCGUUCGCCGACCUCGCAGACGUCGCGCGCGUGUGCGACCUCACGGGCGGCCGCGCCUACUACUUGCCGCAGUUUGAGAAGGACAAGUCGGAGCACGUCGCGUACCUCGGCAACCUUCUCUCGCAGCAGCUGGCCAAGAACGUGGGUUUCGAGGCCGUCUUGAAGAUCCGCGUCUCGGCCGGGCUCCGCGUCGAGACGGUGUUUGGGAGCCACGCCGCGUCGAGCGACGACGAGGUCAGUGUCGCGUGCAUGGAUGCGCACCACGCCGUCGGCGUCUCGUUUGCGUACGACGACAAGCUUGACGGCGAGGUGUACAUCCAAGCCGCCCUGCUCUACACGCGCCUCGACGGCGUCCGCGUCGUCCGCGUCCACAACCUCGCGCUCCCGGUGGCCAACCUCGUCACCAACGUCUUCCGCAACGCGGACCUCGAUGCGACGUGCGCCAUCUGGCAGCGCAUGUCGGCCAAGGUCGUCACGGACCGGUCCAUCAUGAGUGGCAACGGCCAAGCGGUCAAGGAGCGACUCAUUGACGACUGCGUCAACGUUUUGUUCAACUACCGCAAGUACUGCGCGUCCAACAGCUCGUCGGGGCAACUCAUUUUGCCCGAGUCGCUCAAGCUCUUGCCGCUCUACACGCUGGCGUCGCUCAAGAGCCGCGGGCUGCGCAACAACGUCAUGGGCAACCGCGGCUUUAUCGAUGUGCGCGCGGACGAGCGCGUCACGUUGCUCUCGCACCUCAACAACCUGCCCGUGGAAGCCGCGGUCUCGGCCGUGUACCCCAAGAUGUACCCUCUCCACGACAUGCCUGAAGACUGCGGUACUUUGGACGACAAGGGCGCGAUGAUCCUCCCGGCGCCGUUGCCGCCGACGGCCGAGAAGCUGGAGGAGUACGGCAUCUUCCUCUUGCACUCGUCGACGUUCCUCUACCUCUUUGUCGGGGCCAAGGUCUCGUCGCACGUUUUGCACGACCUCUUUGGUAUGGAGCACGUCGACACGGCCGAGCAGUCGGUCAACCUCGUGGACGACGCGCCGGACGCGGGCCCGUUGCGGGACCAAGUGCGUGCGAUUGUGCAGUACCUGCAGGCCCAGGUGCCUGUCAUGCAGCCCCUUGAGAUCCUCACCAAGACGGACUGGCGCAGCGGCCGCUUCAUGGCCGCGCUCGUCGAGGACCGCACCAAGAACGAAGUGUCGUACGUCGAGUUUCUCUGCCAAGUGCACAAGAAGAUCCAGUACAAGUUCAUGUAAAGAGCUCCGAUUCCAAUACACGAUGGAUGC